AUGGAUCAGCAACUUGUCCUGCAGAUCCUCCUUGUUGUACUGUGGGCAUCAGAUAGUAGGGAGCAGUUUAACGUACAUUUUCUCCCAUUUAAACAAGUUACUGCACUUCCUGCUGUGUGUGGAAACCGACCAUUGGCAAAUGAUAACCGCUUUGGCUCUCGUGUGGUAGGGGGACACGAUGCCCUGCCUGGUUCUUGGCCAUGGAUUGUAAGUCUUCAAGAUCCUUAUGGCAAUACUUAUGGUCACUUGUGCGGAGGCACUAUUAUCAAUCAAGAAUGGGUCCUAACAGUGGCUCACUGUUUCAAGAACCAGGGAAACAAAAUCUAUGGCUGGCGGAUGGUUUUUGGAGCGCAGAUAUUGUCACGUUUGGGACCUGAGACACAAAUCAGAAAAAUAACAAAGCUGAUUAUUCACGAAGCAUUCAACCCUGUCACAAUGCUGAAUGAUAUUGCCCUUCUCAAGGCAGACAAACCAAUCAAGUUUAACAAUUACACCCAAGCAGCCUGUCUGCCUCCGGUCAGCAUCAAUAUAAACAGCAUGACCGAUUGCUACAUCGCAGGCUGGGGAGUAACAAGUGAAGACUCUUAUGAAGCUGCCGAUAUUCUUCAAGAAGCACAAGUGGACCUGAUACCAACCAAGCGCUGUAACAGCACCAUGUGGUACAAUGGGGCCGUAUAUUUCAGCAAUCUUUGUGCUGGCUAUGAGGAAGGUGGCAUUGAUGCUUGCCAGGGUGACAGCGGUGGACCCCUGAUGUGCAGACCAAAGAUCGGCUCACCCUUUACUGUGGUUGGAGUGACCAGCUGGGGAUCCGGCUGUGCCCAGGCCCAAAGCCCUGGCAUUUAUACUGCCACUCAAUACUUCCGCAACUGGAUUAUUCAGAAACUCAGCAACAAAGGAAUAUAAUGGAAUUUGAACCCUAAUAACAACUAAAUCAAAUUAUCAGAACAUUAACGCAUUCCUCAAAACUAUAAAAAUCUAACAAUAAAAAAACUUACAAAGUCUUCAUGUUACUAGCUUGUUAACAAUUGUAAUGCUCAGUAGAAUUGUGCUGAUAUAAUUAUUGAAGAUUCUGAACCUGCCAUGUACGAUGACUUUUCUAUUUUCUAUUCACACAAUACUGCUAAAAUUGCUGUAAACGCCUAAACCUGUACGCAAGAAUUUGCUUAUCAGCUGGCUUAUUACGAGCUCAUAAA